AGAAAGACUUGAUGUAGGCGCGCGCAACUUGAUUCAGGAAGCACUCGUUUUUUUGGCGUCGCCUUUUUUAUUUGAUUUGUCGUGGGUGAAAGACAGAACAAACUCUUUUAGGUCAGUUGGAACACAGAGGAGAAACAUCUAGCUGAAAAUGUCCGCUGGCCUCGAGACAGCGAACAUCUUAGUGCUCGGGAAGGGGGACAAUUUGCAUCAACAGGUUCUCGCCUCCUUCCCACUGUGUGACGUGACAGAGGAAGACUUGACCCAGAAUCCGCUGUUCAGUAAACUCCUGGCCACUCUGACCCAACAUGUGGACAAAACCGGACUCACUGUCCCGCUUAAAACGGAGCUGGACAAGGCUGAGCAGAAACUGCAGAGCCAGAAGCGCAAGUGGCUCCGCUCUGAGAGCCUCCACAGAGGGUUGCAGGAGAUGAUCCAAGAGCACUGUGUCAGAAAGCACAACAACGAAGUUCCUCCUGAUCAGAACAUGUUCUAUGAAACAAUGGAGAGGUGUCUGUGUGUGACUCAGUGUGUCAGACAGCUGGAUCCUAGCAGCACUACUAGCCAGGACCAGCCACUGAUACUUGGCCUAACGCCCCAACAAGUGACCCAGCUCCUGCCAUCAGAAAAGAAUGUGCAACGAAUGAGGCAGGCUCUUCCCAGACAGCUGGAGAAACAUCUAAAAGACAAGUGUCUGAGCCUCCUCUCUUACUAUCAGCCCGAAUGGGAGAAUGAGAGUGAGGGUCUGAAGACCAACAAGCUGUCGCAUCUGUCCACCCUGCUGGACAAAGAGAAGAAAGGAACCGAGCUCCUGAAGGAGAUCUGUCGAGAAAACACAGUUCUUUUGCGAAGACAAACCCAGCUCUACCUCUCUGAGCUGAUUAAAUGCAUCCAGCUCCUCCAGACGCUCAUCUUGGAUCACAAACUGAAGAUCCAGACAGACCUGGACAGGAAGAAAUUGGUUUACUUUGAAGGCAAAUGUGAACUAGUCCUGCAGAAGAUCAAAACUGAGAUGGUGGAAGUUCAGCUGGACACCUACUCUCCUGACACAGUUUCUGCUCACCGAAAAAUAAGGGAGAGGCUGGAGUGUGAACUGAAGGCUUGUAAAGCUGAGAAGCAGGCUGUGGAGUUAAAGCUGUCAUCCUUUGGGAUCUUGGGCAAAGCGUUUGAGGCCCUGGCUGAGGAGUACUCCAGAUUACGGCAGGAGAUAGACAUGAAGAACUGGGCUCUGAAAGAACUGACCCAGUACGAUGAAAAGUAGCUCACCUCUGAUAUGGAACCGGCUGUCAGAAUUCCCUUUUUCUCUUUCUGCCAAACGGUUGUGAUACAAAAUGUUGCGGACAUUUGGUCAAAGGAACUGUACCCCAUUGAGUUGUAUUGCUGAGCGCUUGCAUUAAACCAUCUUACUUCAGAUCUUAUAAUAAAUUCUCAAAUAAAUAAGAA